UCUGAAAACGUGUAACGGAAGCAGCUCUGAUCUGGAGUAUCCCUCACGCAAUGGCUUGGCCUCUAAAUGGAAGACGAGCGAGCAAGCCGACCCGAUCGAAAAAGCCCACUCCACCCAACCAACACCCGCGGGUUCUUGCCCCCCCAAACCCUAGCAAAGGCGGCGCGGCGUCGUCAUGGGCGUCGCCGCCGCCAACGUCGCCGCCUUCGUUUUGCUGGCCAUCGCGCCCGUGGCCGCCGCGCCGUCGUCGCCGCCUCGAUCUGGCGGCGACUCCCUGAGUUUCUCCGACGUGAUCAGCAUCUCCUUCUUCAUGGCCGUCUUCUUCCCCGUGUUCAUCGUCCUCCUCGCGUUCGCGUGCCUCCGCCUGUUCCGGCCGCUCGACGACGACGACGGCGAGCCCGCGCUGGCGGACACGUCGUCGUCGGAGUGGUCCCGCCGGGGGGGAGGGGGCGGCAACAGGGCGGGGCUCGACGCCGCGGAGAUCGCGGCGCUGCCGCUGGUGUCGUACCGCGACGCCAGGCGGCACCGGAUCGGGGACGCGCGGGGCGACCCGCUGGAGUGCGCGGUGUGCCUCCUCGAGUUCGAAGACGACGACGCCCUCCGCCUCCUCCCGGCGUGCCCGCACGCGUUCCAUCCCGAGUGCAUCGGCCUCUGGCUCGAGAAGCACGUCACCUGCCCGCUCUGCCGCGCCAACGUCCUCGACGCGCCGCCGCCGCCGCCCCCUCCCCCGCCUUCGCUGGAGCAGGACACGGCGUCGCCGCCGCCGGCUCACGAGACGGUGGUGGUGAUCGGCGACGCCGGCGCCAGCGAGGAGGCGGAAGCGGAAGAGAGGAUCAGGAUCCAGUGCCUCGCGGGGGUCCGUCGCGCGGCGGGGCGGCAGGCUCUCCCGCGGUCGAACUCGACGGGGCACGAGCGCGGCGGCGGCGGGAUGGAGCGGUUCGCGCUGCGGCUGCCGGAGCACGUCCGCCUCGAGAUCCUCAUGUCGCACAGGCUGAGGCACGUGACGAGCGCGGUGGCGUCCGUGCGCGUCAGGGAGGGGAGCGCCCACGACGCCGGCGCCGUGCGGAACGCCGUGGCGAGGCUCCUGUCGCUGUUCGUGCCCGGAGCCGGGUGGAAGGGAGACGACGAGGGCAAGUCCAGCAAGGCGGCGGAAGGGUCGUCUCGCCGGCGGCGCGACGAGUCGGCGAGGGGAGGAGUCGGAGAAGAGAAGAGGAGCGAGUAAUUAAUGGCGUAUUUUGAGUAUGUAAUUCGAUGAUCGGAAAUGUAAUUUUGCAGAGAGUUUUUUCUUUUCCCUUUCCCCUCAUUCUUUUUGUGAGAACAUUAUUAUUGAAUAAUUCAACAGCCAACCCGUAAUCACAGAACUUCAUUGCAA